CAGGUCUGACUGACACCCCGUUCUCAAGAUGAGUGUAAAACCGUGGGGCGUGUCUCCCUAAAAACUCCUCUUCAUCCAAGUCACUGAACAGGAAUUAACAGGAUGAGUCCAAAAAAAAUUUCCAUUCAACUUUACAGUCGGUGUAUGUUCGAUGCAGCGAGUCAUUUCAAGCCGGUGCUAAAUGUUUUUUUUUUGUACCGUCAGGUUGCUAUGAGGAAACGCGGAGGCGGGGCUAGUAGUUUUCCCACUGCGUCAUGAUUCUUUUUUUUGCACUGCAUAAAAGCAACACAAAGUUUUACGUUUCAAAAGCAUCGAGGAGCCUCAUUGGACACCAUCACUGCACUUCAUCAGCUCUCCUGACAGACGUGAGAAAAAUUACCAAAAAUGGCCGAUCAGUGGCAGAGGGAGUACGACUUCGCUGAAAAAGUGGCCAGAAAGGCUGGAGAGGAAAUAAGAAAAGCUGGAGAGAGUGAGAUCAGAGUCAUGACCAAAAGCUGUACCGUGGACCUGGUGACCAAGACUGAUGAACGUGUGGAGAAGAUCAUCAUCGGUUCACUGAAACAGGAGUUCGGAGAAGGCACACACUGUUUCAUCGGCGAAGAGUCGGUCGCUAAAGGCGAGGCGUGUAUUCUUACCGACAAACCUACGUGGAUCAUCGACCCGGUGGACGGCACCACCAACUUUGUUCACGGAUUCCCAUUUGUGGCUGUGUCGAUUGCCUUUGCCGUCAACAAGGAGCUGGAGUUUGGAAUCGUCUACAGCUGUUUGGAAGAUAAAAUGUACAAAGCCAGAAAAGGUCAAGGGGCUUUCUGUAACGACGAGCUCAUUCAGGUGUCGGAUGUCAAAGAGAUCAAAAAAUCCAUCAUCAUUUCUGAACACGGAGUUGACAGGAGUCCAGAGAAGGUCAACAAGAUCUUCUCCACCAUGCAGAAGAUCCUCUGCAUCCCAGUGCACGGACUCCGUGGAUCAGGAACUGCAGCCACCAACAUGUGUCUGGUGGCCUCAGGAGCAGUGGAGGCCUUUUUUGAGAUCGGCAUCCAUUGCUGGGACAUCGCUGCCGGAGCGGUCAUCGUGCAAGAGGCCGGCGGAUUGUUGUUGGAUGUGGACGGAGGACCGUUUGAUUUAAUGUCUCGAAGGAUGCUUUCAGCGAACAACGACGUCAUCGCUCACAGGAUCAUCAAAGAAAUUGAAGUUUUCCCAGUGGAGAGAGACGACGCUCCAGUGCAGAAAAAAUGAGAACAUUCACAAAAUUACAUUAACGCUGAUUGUACAGUGUACUUCCUGUUGGUCUCUGUCUCUGUCCAUGUUUAUGUACUGUAUCUGUCGUAUCUGCCCAACUACUAUUGAAAAAAAAUCUAAUAUGUUUUACAUAACAGUGAGGAAUCAUGGGAUAGUGGCUGUAGUUUCAUUGAUCAUUUACGACUACAAUUUCAAGCUAAACGUUGCCUUACAUUAUAGAUAAAUGUUUAUAACAAAUCCAACAUAAACAUAAACUUUUCUUAUAUAUUUGAACUAAGACAAAUGGAACUAAAGGCUGUUGAAUAAAUACAAUAAAAACAGCAAAACUGUAGCUAAAAUGAAAAUAAAUGUCGGAACAAUACAAGCCGUAGCAUAUUAGCUUCGAAGAGGUUGAAGAGGCAGCAGAAUGUUAGCAAAGCUAAAAUAGCUAAAGUAGAGAAAAAAUACAAAAAAGAAACUAAAGUCAAGCAAAACAAAA